AUGGCUUCAUUGUACAACGUUCCUCCGAGUAACCUCUCCCUGUCGGCGCUCGAAAACGACAGCGUCGUUUCCGGCAGCAGCAGCGCGGGUACGACGGACGUCGGCGCCGUGCUCGAAGGCAUUCCGAAGUGGUUCGCCUAUCCGCUGAUCAUCGUCAACGUCGUCAACAUCGUCGUCAACGCCGUCGUCCCGGCGCACACGCUCAUCGCCAAUCUCGCCGUCGCCGACGUCGGCCUCGGUGUGCUCGGCCUGCUGUCGCCGCCGACGUUCGUCGUCGAUCGCCCGCCGAUGGUCGUCUGCGUCGGCCACUCCGCCGUCAUCACCUGCUUCGCGUUCAGCUCCGUGACGACGCUCAUCGCUAUCAACGUCGACCGCUACGUGUCCGUGUCGCGUCCGCUGCACUACCAUCAGGUCAUGACCCCGCGCGUUGUCGCCGUCAUGAUCGAGCUCAGCUGGACUUUCGCUGUCGUCGUUUGCGUCGGCAGCUUCGUCGGGAACAGCUGA